ACCUAGUUCCCCUCACUCUCCUCCACCUACAGUUCUUCAAUUCAUCUUUUCAACGUCUAUUUCCUUUUUUCUUUUUUGUAUUUAUUCAAUUUUUCACGAACUCCCAAGUUUAAGACCACACUCUGAGAGAACCAAACAAACCCAACCUGACAAAGGAACUUUUUUUCCUUGCCCUUCCCCCUUGUGAUUACAUAUUAGAUGAUAUAGGACCUUAUAAUCCAAAACCCAAACCAAAACCAGAGUGAGUGAGUGAGAGAGCAAAAACAGACCUUAUCAUGGUGGGUGGUAAGGUAAGGUUAGCAAUGGGUUUGCAAAAAUCACCAAAGCAUGGAACUCCACCUAAACCUCCAUUGCCGUCUCCUAGCUCAGCUAACAAAACCAAUUCUUCCCAAAAAACUGUUUUUUCACGUUCCUUUGGUGUUUAUUUCCCACGAUCCUCAGCUCAAGUCCAGCCUCGUCCACCUGAUGUUACCGAACUCCUUCGACUCGUUGAAGAGUUAAGAGACCGAGAGUCCAGGCUCAAAACCGAGCUCCUAGAACACAAGCUUUUAAAAGAAUCGGUUUCCAUUGUUCCCCUUCUUGAAAAUGACAUUGCUGUUAAAAAGGCAGAGCUGGAACGAGCUUUGAGAGAGAUGGAGAAUUUGAGGAACGAAAAUGAAAAGUUGAGGACAGAGGUAGAAGAAAUAAAGAGAAAGGUUGAAGAAGAAAGGAAAGAGAAAGAGAGGAAAGUGAGAGAAAUGGAGAGCGAGAUAAGUGAGUUGAAGAAAAUGGUGACUUCGCACCCUGUUUGUAAUGGUAAAGCUGAGGUUUUUGGUGAAAACGAGGACUUGCUUUCGUCUUCGCAGAGGUUUAAUGGGUUAGUGGAAGUUAGUGCGAAGUCGAAUCUGGUUAAGAAUUUGAAGAGAAGUAACAGUAAAUGUUGGGAAACUGUUGUUUUUAGUGCUUCGAGUAAUGAAAAAGUUGAGAGCUUGGAGUUUAAAAGAGAGGAACUUGAAGCUGAUAGACAGAGACACUCGAGGUGUAACUCAGACGAACUCGCUGAGUCGACUCUUCUUAACAUCAGAUCUCGCGUUCCUAGGAUCCCAAAACCACCGCCGAGACCUUCAUCUUCGUCAUUGAUUUCAUCUAAUGGCUCACCUGAUUUUACAGAGAAGCAAAUUCCUCCUCCACCACCACCUCCGCCUCCUCCGGCGCCAGUAGCAGCAGUCAAACAACUAGCACCCCCUCCUCCUCCUCCUCCACCACCGGUAAAAGCUAUUGCGCCGCCACCUCCACCACCGCCUCCUAAAGGGACGAAAGCAAUCGUGGCGAAAGUGAGGAGAGUUCCGGAAGUCGUGGAGUUCUAUCACUCGCUCAUGCGGAGAGACUCAAAAAGAGAAGCCGCCGGUGGGUGUAGCGCGCCGGAGGUUUUACCUGCAACCGCCAAUGCCAGGGACAUGAUCGGGGAGAUUGAGAACCGGUCAUCUUAUUUGCUCGCGAUAAAGACAGAUGUAGAAACACAAGGAGACUUCAUAAGGUUUUUGAUUAAAGAAGUUGAGAAUGCUGCAUUUACAGAUAUUGAGGAUGUUGUGCCUUUUGUUAAAUGGCUAGACGAUGAGCUCUCCUACUUGGUGGAUGAAAGAGCUGUACUGAAACAUUUUGAGUGGCCAGAACAGAAGGCUGAUGCAUUGCGCGAGGCUGCAUUUGGGUAUUGUGAUCUGAAGAAACUAGAAUCCGAGGCUGCAUCGAUUCGUGAUGAUGCCCGACAACCUUGUGGUCCUGCUCUCAAGAAGAUGCAGGCUCUGCUUGAAAAGCUAGAACAUGGCGUUUACAAUCUCUCCCGAAUGAGAGAAUCCGCUACAAAGCGAUACAAGGGGUUCCAAAUUCCCAUGGAUUGGAUGCUUGAAACUGGUAUUGUAAGCCAGAUCAAGCUGGCGUCGGUGAAACUAGCGAUGAAGUACAUGAGACGGAUAUCUUCAGAGCUUGAAGCAGUUGGAGGUGGUGGGCCUGAAGAAGAGGAACUGAUCGUUCAAGGUGUUAGAUUUGCAUUCCGUGUACAUCAGUUUGCCGGCGGAUUUGAUGUCGAAACAAUGAGGGCUUUCGAGGAACUGAGAGACAAAGCAAGAUCAUGCAAUGUACAAUGCCAAAACCAGCAAAAAUUCAUUUGCAGGUCUACUACACCAAGCUGAUUUUUCAAAAGAAAAUACAGUUUUUCUGUUGUAAAGAUCGAAACAUCAUGUUUGUGAAUACAACGAGCCAGCUGCUAUUUAUCCACCUACAUUCAAUUCAUUUAAUGCCAGCUAUUGAAGCUGGAAAUUUACUGUAUCACCUAAACCCAGCUGUUCUACUUUAGCUGGUAAUUGUGCCUUGACCCCUUGAGUCAGGGAGUUAGUGUAAAUAGUUUUAAGACUUAUCAAAUCGUACUUUUCUCCUAUUGGUUAUAUUUAAAGAAUGCCUUUGAAUGCUAUUGUUUCAA